AUGGAUUACUGCCGACACCAAUUCGAGGAGUCCUCCACCCUGGCCCCUCACUGCUCCAUUGCUCAGCAAUCCUUCUUUGAUGACGCAUCAGAGGUGUCUCUGGACUUGGGCAAUACCAACAACAGCAACAUGCAACACCACAACACCAGCAAUAUCGACCCUACCCUCGAGAACUCGUCACUAUUCUCAUCUGGCUGGACCACCCGGCCACAACAGGUCCAGAGAUAUCUAGACGAUCCGCAAAAGACGGCCUUCUUCAACGCGCCCUCACUGCCACAGACACACUGCCAGAAUCCACGUACUGAUUCCGUAGCGCAUUCAGUCUCGGGUCUCUCCACGCCUCAACCGAGUUAUGGUUCUCCAUACUCGACCAACGAACAUAGCUCUUCGUGCGGCAGCCUCCUCAGCCCACCAAGUGAGAGCGAACUUCACUACGAAGGUCCACCGACACCAUCAGGAAUCGACAUGAUCAUGCCCUUCACUUCGGCCUCCCUCAAGCAGCCUUUUACUCCGUGGGCUACCGCUACUACUGAUCUCGGAAACUGUCCAACCAUGCCAGCCUUCACCAACCCCUUCGCCGUGAACUCUACCGAUGACUUGACCGUUGGAUUCAUGGACAGCAGCGAUGCGCCCAGCUACGGUUACAGCCAUUCCCACCAUCCCCUUCCUCCUUCGGCAUACAUACUUCAGAGCAAUGUAUCUUCCGGCUACGGUGUCGGUGCUCCCGAUGCGCCCAGGGUGCUUGACUUUGAUACCAGUGUGCUACAGGCCUCUGGCGCCGUUCAGCCCAUGAAUACAUAUGGGGAGGAUUACUACCCGUCCCCAAGCGCACAUGACGAAGAGAUGGGGUCGGAACUAGACGUCAGUGUGACCAAGCCUGAUGCAAAUACCAUACCUGUGCCUCGGGAAGCCUCAAGGUCGAAGCGCAACUCAUCAACACCAUCUUCUGCCAAGAGAAAGCAGAAGACGACAGCGUUGCAGAGGUCCGAGGAUGCUGUCAACAUUGACUCAUCGCCUAAAAGGCGGAGAUUGAGCGUUCCAAACGGCCCCCAACAACGGCGCCGGUCAGACCAUCUAGGAGCAAUGGCAACCCCAAGAAUGCGUUUUGCUCCACCCAUUUGCUCUCCCGGGACGAGCAGCAGCCCCCAGCCCGCCAAUUCCACCAAGGAUUCCGCCCAGAUAACGUGUGGCGAGUGCAAGGGUAUGGCGUUUAAGAGCGAGGCGGCACUGCAGGCGCACAUCAAGAAGCAUCAUACCCGGCCGUUUGUGUGCAUCUUUGCCUUUGCUGGCUGCGACGCCAACUUCCCAAGCAAGAACGAAUGGAAGCGACACGUAAUGUCACAGCACCUACUGCUUCACUACUGGAUAUGCACUCAGGACACAUGCGCACACACGGACAACAACGGAGUGGCCGCCAGCGCCGCUCCCACGUCCGGCCGCAACAAUAGCCACAGGACGCCUUCUGCAAAUGCACCCCGAGUCGGCAGUCUGCGCGGCCGCAACUCUUGCGCCAUUGCACCAGCCGGCUCAUCCCUGACACCGGGUCUGCAGCGCUUCGGACCACCCUUGCCCAACGGUGCCAUUUUCAACCGCAAGGACCUUUUCACGCAGCACGUCCGCCGAAUGCACAUGCCGCAGGACAUUCGUGAGCAGCAAAAGGCAGGCGAACAGCAGAGUGGAAGCAGCAGCAGCGGUAAGAAGAAGGCAUCAUCCGCGGACAAGACGAGCGGUGGUGAGCAGCUGGCCAGCUGGGAGAAGCACGUCAAGAACCUACAGCAGGCCGCUGCGAAGGAGCGCUGCCGGCUGCCUACGUCUAUGGCGUGCCCCGUCGAGAGCUGUGGGGAGCAGUUCAUGGGCGUCGACGCUUGGGACUUGCGCAUGGAGCACCUCGCGCGGCAUUUUGAGGCCGCCGGCAAGGGCGAAGAGCCACCCGUACCGUCGACGGGUGAGGCGGACCCGUCAUUAAUCCAAUGGGCGUCGGAUGAAAAUGUUGCCAUCGUCGUCAAGUGCGGCACACAGUGGGUUCUCAACAACCCGCUCAAGCCCACUGACAUCGCGGUAAUGGCCGCGGCUGCGAACAAGCUUGCUGCUGCUCGUGGGAAUGCCGAUGAGGAGGAUGCCGAGGGUGAAUUUGACGACUGA